AUGCUUUAUCACCGGCCGUCCAUCGCACUUUCCAUCUUGUGCUGCGUCCGACACGUGCACCUGCCGUCCACCUGCUCUGUUGACCACUGUUUCUUCCACCUUCUCGUCUACACGCUCGCGACUUCUCUCCAAUAUAUCUCGCGACUCUCAGGCUCAGCAGGCUGUGGCCACGGCUUCCGGUUCCUCUGCUGUGCGCUCCUCCGCUUCCUCACCGCCGCCGCCCCCAAGCCCCGCCGCCCCUUGGCACUCCUCCGCUUCCUCCAUUGCAUCUGCAGCUGCUGUCUUCCUCGACCUUGGCUUCAACACCUCUUCCUUGGCAUGAUGCUUCUUGCCUUGCUGCAGGUGCGGAGGAGUCAGCCGGCGGCGCCGUUCUCUGGUUGUGCACAUAUAUCAGAUCCGGUGCCCAUCUUUCGAAUGCCGUUACCAUGGCCAUGGGCCAAGUCAGAUCUUGUGGUGAACACUGUCGCCCUGAGAUGCGAGAUGGGCGAACACAAGGCGUUCGUGGAAAUGCCACGCAGCCUUGGUUCAGAAAGGACAGUUCACGAGGAAGGAUCAAGGGCUAAAAACCGUCCAAUAUGUAAGAGGAUCAAAGACAAGGUCUCUCAGGCAGCUCAGACUGUUCGCCAUAACAAGAAGACCUGCCAGCAGCUAGUCCACCAUGUGCAGAUAAUCGGUGACCUCCUGAAAAAGCUGCAGACUCCGGAGAUGAUGCAACAUCCAGAGACUAGGAACGGUCUUAAUGAGCUUGGGGAGAUUCUUCGUGAGGCAUACAUGCUUGUCACAUCCUGCCAAAACAACAACUACAUAUACCACCUGUUCACAGGCAAGAAGCAGGCAGAUCAGUUCCGCAUUCUGCAGAAUAGGAUGAACUCGUGUCUCCAAAUUUUCCCACUCAUCAGUCACAUUGACACCACAGGCCGCCUGGACAAAAUUCUUGAAAUCAUACGGCCUCCAUGCUCACAGGUUGUAAGAGAUGUGCCAAGACUGCUUCCAGGUUGCUCAUCUUGUGACACCAGGACUGAAGCGUAUGGUAAAGUUAAAAGGUGCUCCCUCCAAUUGAAUUGCGCAGAGGCACUCAAGUUCAGUUUGUCCCAGUUGGUUGAUGCUACAAACAACUUCUCUGACAGGAAUCUAAUUGGCAAAGGUAGCUUUGGCUGUGUUUACAAGGGUCAACUGCAUGAUGGACUUGAGGUUGCUGUCAAAAGAUGUUUUGAGUUACCUUCUUCACCUAAUCAACUGGAUGUCCAAGAUUAUGAAUUUCAAAAUGAGAUUUGCUUUCUUCCAAGGCUUCAGCAUACCAAUAUAAUUAAGCUUUUGGGAGACACUAUGCAGGAAAGGGAGAGGAUUUUGGUCUAUGAAUAUAUGUCAAAUGGAAGCCUCGACUCCUUCAUCUUUGGUGCAAGGACAAGAAGGUUGCAUCUGGACUGGCCUACACGCUUUCAGAUAAUUAAAGGAAUAGCUGAAGGGAUGCUUUAUCUUCAUAAGCUUUGUGGACUACAUAUUAUACAUGGAGAUUUAAAGCCAAGUAACAUUCUCUUGGAUACCAACAUGAAGCCCAAGAUUUCUGAUUUUGGCUUAUCUAGAACAUAUAAUCCGGGAGUAGAUGAAGAGUUUGCUGACCGCAUAGUGGGCUCAAUUGGUUUUACUGCCCCUGAAUGUCGGGAAAGACGUGUUUUCUCCAUCAAGUCUGAUGUAUAUGGCUUCGGAGCAUUGCUUCUCGAGAUAAUAAGUAGACAACGGUGCUUUUCACUUGCAAGUGGAGAAUCUGGCGAUGAUCAUGGAUUUCUGAAUAAGAGGGCGUGGCAGUUAUGGAGAGCAGGCAGUUUGAUCAAGUUUGUUGAUUCACCCCCAGGCAACGAAUCUGAGAGGAUGGAGAUACUAAGGUGCAUCCAGCUAGCACUGCUGUGCGUGGAAGAGAACCCUGCAAACCGGCCCACCAUGCAGGAGGUUGUUCUGAUGUUAAGCAGCCACAUUUUUGCGCUAGCCACACCUCAGCAUCCAGCUUACCUCCGGGGCUGCUGA